GUGAUUUCAAACACGUGGGUUUUGACACUUGGGUAGACGUGAUUGAAAGUGUAAGUAAGCUUCGAACUUCGCUGAAAGGAAUUGUUCUUCACCAAGUAAAUCUGCAGCAAUGUUCAGGACUAGCUGUUAAUGGUUUGAGGAAGCAUUCAAGUAUAAGGCCUGAUUGUCAUGCCACUUGAAUUUAGCAAUGCCGAAUGCUAAGGAUAUGCAACAUAGAUGGACUUAACAUAAACAGGGACAAAGAUGAUGGGGUCUUGGGUUGAAACCACCAGAAGAUGAAACCUGUUAUUUGAACAUUGAUGUUCUAAUGUACACCAUACAAACUGUCAUUAUGGGGCGAUAUUUGCUUUACUUCAGCUACAUAGGAACUAUGUAUCGAGGAUUACAAAUGCAGGUGGAGUCAGGUAAAUUGAAGAACAUCCCUACCAUUCUGGGUGCCCUUAAUGCUGCUUUGCAGCAUUUGAACCCAGCAAAUGAAGUGAAGAUAACAACGUCCAGUCGGACUGAUGCAGGGGUGCAUGCUCUGUCCAAUACUGUACAUGUUGAUCUUCAGCACAGAGAACCAAAGACAGAGUUCAGCCCCUUGUUAGUAACAGCAGUUGUCAAUCAGAGAUUGUUCCAAGAUGACAAUGAUAUAAGAAUAUUACAGACACGGCUUGUACGUCCUAGUUUCCAUGGGCGAUUUCACGCACUGGCAAGGCACUACAUGUAUCGCUUCUGUCUCUUGAGGAACCCUGUGGAAAUCCAUUGGGCCACCCCGCAUUCAGCAUUUGAGAAUAAUCGUAGCAUCGUUGUUGUAGAUCCAUUAGAUGUGAAUCGUCUCCACGAGGCUGCCAAGAUUUUCUCUGGGACACACGACUUCAGUGCAUACACAAACCCUCGAGUAUUACGAGCCAGUCACAUCAAUCCAGUGAAAACGGUGAAUGUCGGGGUGAAGAGGGGUGAAGUGAUACUUCAACAGUACCAGGGGUGUCUUGGUCAGGGUGUAGAUCUGUGGGAAAUACAUGUAUCCAGCAGAUCCUUCCUCUACAAACAGGUGAGAAGAAUGGUUGGGGCCAUGCUCCAGUAUGCCCAGGGUAAUAUUGACAGAGAUUUCCUGCUCUCUACAUUAAACCAGCCAUCUGGUAAAAUGUGCAAUUUUCUCCAUCGCAAAUCUGCGCCAGCGUAUGGCCUUUACCUCAAGAGUGUGGAAUACAAUCCUUCAGAUCUGGAGUAUCAGCUGCCAGCAGACUGCCGUUUUGAUGAGGAUAUAUCUGGACUGCGUGCUCACAUAGGGCCCAAGAGGCGAGGGGAUCAAGAGGUGCGGUCAAAGUCCAUAUUAGCAGAAACAUACGCUACUCCCUGUGUGGAGUUUGAUAAGAGUGGACACACAUGUGAAACUAGUGCCAAGAACAGUUAUGAUGACAACAAUGGACAUACAUGUGAAACUAGUGCCAAGAACAGUCAAGAUGACAACAAUGGACACACAUGUGAAACUAGUGCCAAGAACAGUCACGAUGACAACAAUGGACACACUUGUGAAACUAGUGCCAAGAACAGUCAUGAUGACAACAGUAGACACAGAUGUGAAACGAGUGCCAACAACGGUCAUGAUGACAACAAUGGACACAGAGGUGAAGCUAGUGCUAAUACCACUCAUGAUGACAAAAAGGGACAUACAUGUGAAGUUAGUGGAAAGAACAGUCAUGAUAAUCUGAACAAUGGAAGAGGACAACAGAUUUCAACACAAAUGAAAUAAUAUUAUCAUCAGGAAAUCAUCCAAAUAAAAUGUUGUUUGUAUUUUUAAAUAGAGCAAGAACUAUUGUACUAUUUAUGUAAUAGUAUAUAAUAUAUAUAUCUAAGAGUGAAACCUGAAUUGGUUUGGUGUUUUGUAAUUAUGCCCACAGCCCCAGUUAAAACAUUGGGAAGAGAGACACAUAAUGUAACAGUUCCACCAGUAUUUGUAUGUGUGCACACGAAUCUUGUCCAGGUCAUAUAUGACUCCCCAUUCACACAAACAAAGUUAAGCGCCUUUAAGUCUGAAAGUGGCUUUGAGCCAGUUUGACGUCGCUCGUGUGAACGCAAAGCAGGGGGCAUUUAAUCCAGUUUAUUUGCCCCUGCUGGCGACGUGGCUUUAAUCCAGUUUCAGGACUUGAGUAGGCUUAUUAGUAGUGUGAACAGUACUGGAUUAAAUGCCCCGGAUACCUGGAGGCGGGGAUGAAGUUACAAUUACUAAACCGGUACCAGAAUGUGUGGGGGACCAGAAGUGGGGGACCAGAAGUGUGCCGAGGGCGCACUCUGCCAAGCCCAUGCCGUCAAUCACGACAGCACAACGCCAGUAAGUGUGCCUACGGCGCUCUUUGUCUAGUCUGCUCCGUGAAAUACGCUGCCAAGGGGUGUGCAGACAGGGCACUGACAAGAGCAUAACACCAGAAAGUUUACAGAAGCACUAGCUAUGUUUUAAACCGCCCGCACGGACAAUGCAACAGUUCCAGUUGUUAAAUCCAAACUUUAAAUAAAAUAGAAAAAAGAA